CGUGAUGACGUCACGCACUGGUUUGUCGACCCGGGGUGGAGAGAGUCGGCGUGAGACAGAGUGAGGAAUACGGACAGAGAGACAGAGAGAGAAAGAGAAAGAGAUAGAGAGAGAGCGAGAGAGAGAUAGGGAGAAAACGCUGCAGGUGCGACGUCACGCGAGGCUCCGCCGUCAACCGCACGGAUCAAGCCGAAUCUCACGCGCUUUUUGCCUCGCGAGCACCGACACGAUGGGCAAGCUACAGGAAUUCGACAUUACUUUCAGCCACAACAAAGUGGUGUACAGCCCGGGAGAGACCAUUUCGGGAACGCUGAGGAUCCUCACCGCCAACUCGCUGCAGUACAAGGCCAUCAAGCUGAACUGCGUGGGCUCCUGUGGUAUCUCCAACAAGAUGAACGACACUUCAUGGAUGCUGGAGGAGCAGUAUGUCAGCAGCAUGCUCUCUGUGGCGGACAAAGGAACCCUACCACCUGGAGAGCACAGCUUCCCUUUUCAGUUUCUCAUUCCAACACACGCUCCCACUUCGUUUGAGGGCCCGUACGGAAAGGUUAUGUACAGAAUCAGGGCUGUAAUAGACACACCACGCUUCUCUAAGGACUACAAGUGUCAGAGACCCUUCUACCUACUCAAUCUCUUGAAUCUCAAUGAGUUGCCUGAUAUAGAGCAACCAAGUAGUGCAGUGACAACUAAGAAGUUCACCUACUUACUGGUGAAGACGGGGACGCUCAUGCUGAGAGCUCACAGUGACCUGAGAGGAUACACGCCAGGCCAAAUCAUCAAACUCUCUACAGAGAUCCACAACAAAUCAGGAAAAGACACAGGCUAUGUCCUGGCUAGUCUCAUACAGAAAGUGACCUAUAAGAUGAAGCGGCCGCUGUUUGAUUUGCGGACCAUAGCGGAGGUAGAGGGGGCAGGCGUCAAAGGAGGGAAACAUGCAGAAUGGAAGGAGCAGAUCAUCGUUCCUCCUCUCCCUCAGUCUGGCCUAGCUGGCUGCAACCUCAUAGACAUCGAGUACUUUAUCCAGGUUUCACUAAAAUCUCCUGAGACGCUGGUCACUCUGCCCAUCUACAUUGGAAACAUCGCUGUCAACUUGACCCCAACAAGACCGCCUCCACCAACCCCUCUCCAGCACGGUGCUGCGAUGCCCACCAUGCCGAGCCUUAGCCCUGGACUAGUGGUACCAAGUGCGCCCCCAGCUGAGGACGACGAGGACGAGGUGCUGGGCGCAGGAGCACUAAGCAGCGAGGAAAUUCCUACCAAGAGUCACUCCCAGCAGGACCAUUCAGGCCAGGCCAUUCCCAUGUCCCCUGGGGCGUUCAGUCACGCUCCGGCCCAAGCCCUUCCUCAGGGUCAGCAGGGCCAGUCAUGCGAGAGCUCGGCGCCUCUUUUCUGUGUCUCCACGGGGGCCACCAUUCCCUUUUUCACUGACGGUAAUGCCACGCCUAUGCCCACUACCUGCCCUCUCAUUCUGCCUCCGGAGUACAGCAGCUGGGACUAUCCGCAUGAACCACCUCCCACUUAUGAGGAAAGCUGCAGCAGUACCAACUCCAGCUUCAACACCAGCAUGACGUAGAUGACAACACUGGAAGAUGCCUGUCAGUAAAUCUGCAACUUCCCCUGCUGGACACUCCAGGCAUUACCGUCCUCCCCAAAUAUGACCAAACGUAUUUAAAGGGAUCUUGUCUUUUCACUUGAUUUAUAUAAACGAUAUUCCUCGCUCCAUGGUGUGGAGAAAGGCUUCUCUGGAUCAGUGCCUAAUCAUGGUAAGACUCCUGAACUACUACAGGUUGAUAAAGCUGCAUCUGUGAUGCAGUGACCAACGAUAUACACAGGAUGUGUGUUUGUUAGCCAAGGCUGGCCUUCUGCGACGCUUGUCCCAAAACACAGGCUGGUUUUGAAAGAACUGUGGUCACUCUGAUGCUGAUCUGUGAACAUUUCCUCAGGCCUUUGCAGUGUCAGUCUGCGGCUGGAAUGGCGUUGAAGGCGUCCCGAUUCGAUUUUUAUCAGCACAGUUCGAGAAAGAUCCGGCUUUUUAUUAAAGCUUGCAUUCUGGUUAGAUUCUGAAAUUUGUCUGGUUACUGAAUAUAUGUUCCAAAAUUAUAUGAAAUGUAGCUUUCUCUAAUUGGCAUUAAAGGCAUUUGGCUGGACGAAAUAGAAGAAGCACAUGUUACAUUGAAACCCCGCAUCAGAGGUGCCAACAUCUAUGGUUUAACCGUUACCACAGCAACAGCACUCACUAAAUGUUUAUUUAGUGAUUUAUUUCAUGCAAAUCAUGAAGAAACUAGUAUUCCCAAACCUCAGUAUAAUUGAAUUUUUAAACAUGUUGGGUGAUGUGACAGCCCACAUUAAUACCACAUGUAUUGCACCAAGCAAGGAUUGUUCUAGAAACGAGGCUGUUGAAAGCACUUGGUGAGGCGGGGCAUUGUGUGCAUUUCCUACUGGUAGGGAUUACCUUCACUUCACUCUGACUUUAUCUACGUGAAUUCUGAUUUACGAAUUCAUGAGCCAAUAGAAACUCAGCAGUUUCUUAGCACACAUCUGAGUUAAAAAAACAAACAAAAAAACAGAUCCGCCUCGCCUCUUCCACUGAAAUGGAAGAUUUGUGGUAAAACUUGUUAGGAUUGGCUUGUUAGUAAUGUUGGUACCUCUGCUGCACAACGACUACAUGCAUAUUUUGCUUCUUGGUGAGUUUACGAAGCCUUUUCUUACCCCUUUAGAUGUUAUUACAUUGAGAUUUGAUUAUGUAGUAUGUGAUGAAUUUUAAAUUUAUUCUAUUUAAAUUGAAUGAAAAUAUUGCUGUAAAAGAAAUUUCGAAUGAAAUGUCAUUUCUUUACAAAGACUCUAUGAUGUUCAGAC